UGUUACUGAGCGCGCUAAGAGAUGUCCUUCGUCUCGUGCGCUCAUCGACGAGCCUGCGCGCGCAGCUACGACAAGCCUCUAGGCCGAUUGUCAGGCUAAGGGCGCCUGUUGAGGAGGGCGGGCAGUGUCAAAGCAGCGCUAGUCCUUGAGCUGCUAUGCUCUCGCUGCCGAUCCUGCUCUUGACGAUUGCGCGCUUCGUACUCGGCGCGCAAGAGGAUGUGAUCAUCUCCCUAACGUCCCCUGCCAUCGUCUAUGUUCCGUUUCUCUGCGAUGCUGGGGAUGACUGCGACGGUGGCUGGCAACGCACGACGACAGAGACGGGCGCCAUGGUGAUCAUCACGAACGGCUCCUCCCAGGAUGCGCUCGACAUCGUGCCGCAGAUGUUCAUCCAGUUCAGAGCCAGCGCCCUCCACCUCGCCACCUCUGCCUUCUCCACCGCGGACGUGGACAUGACGGUCUCGCAGGGCAAAACCACCAUCUCGCAGAACGUGACCUCGCGCACGGGGCUGAUCACGGUCAUUGGGCUCAACAGCACCGCGCUCACGACGUUGUCCCUCACGUAUGUGCCGCCAGGCCGCCUCGACCUUGGCCAGCUGUGGGCGACGGUGGACGAUGAGAUCGCGACCGUGUCUUCCUCCUACCUUCCCCCGCUGACGACGCCACCCACGGCCACACUACCGACAUACACGACCGCGACGAACGGGGGACCCACGAUAGUAGUCUCCCAGCCGCCGAGACCCCACCAGAAACUCGACCUCGCGUACCCCCUCGGCCUCACACUGGGUCUCUCAUUCGGCCUCACGCUCCUCGCGACGGGUGCGUAUCUCGUAUGGCGCAGGUGGAAGCAGUACAAGCGAAAGAAGUGGGAGGAAGAAGCACAGGAAAACGAGGCUUGGGAGCGGCGGAAGGGCAAGAUGCGGGAUGACUUUGUACAAUAAGACACUAUCACAGGAUACCAUGGGAUUCGAGAUGUCGACGUCGUGUAUUGCAAGCUGUAGAAAACAACAACCGAUACCCAGGAUGUAUCACGUCCUCAUAGUCCCGUUCGGCGACUCUUGCGGGGCAGCGGGGAUAGAGAUGACCAUCGGCGGUGUCAGUGUUCGACGUGU